UUUUUUUUUUUUAAACUCAUUCUCUUUUGACAUUUCGUUCAUUGACUGAAUCGAUUUUUUUUUUUCUUUCUCAUUUUCUAUCCUCACCUUACGCAGUAAACCAGUAAACGGUUCCCCUUCCCCCUUCUCUCUUUCUUGCCCCCUCCUUCUUUCUCUUCCCCCUUCCCAUAGAAGAAAAUACAGUUGUAUCAAUUUAAUUAUACUUUCUUCCUCCAUUCCCUGAUGCAUUUCCCAGGACUGCCCCGCAGGUCGCUUCAGGCACAGGGACAGGCACAGACACAGGGACAGAAUCAGGAACGGAAUCAGGAACAGAAUCAGGAACAGAAACAGCUUCACACUUCACGACUGUCUCUAUCGAAAUUUCACACCCCACAAAGUCACUCAUCCUCCAAACGUAUCCGUUCUUGUUUCUCCCUCCCAUUGAUCGUCAUCUUGGCUUGUUUACUUCCUACCCUCACCACUGCAUGGCCCUAUGUCGAUUGCUCCGGGUCCAGUCCCAUCUUCAGCCUCACUUCAGUCACCACUCACUUUGACCCAACAGCUGAAUCUAUCAACCUGGUUCUGCAAGGCAACUUUUCUAAUCUCUAUCAAUACCCUGCAGCUGAAACCAGCCAAUGGAGAACAUCUAUUGUGACAACUAUUUUGGGUACAAUGCUUCAUCGUAGUGAAGGACCUGCCUGCGAGAUGAUUACUGGAGAUUGUCCCACUGCUUCAGGACCUGGGUUGAUUUCUACGGUAGGAGACCAUCAAGAACUUUUUUUUUUCUCCAUUCAUCCUUCACCCAUGCUCACAAAAUAAAACACAUUGUUGUUUUGUUUGUCUUGUGCAAUUAAAUAGAACUUUACAAUAUCACAAAAUGCACCUUUUGCAGAACUUCUAGUCAGUAUGCAGAUCAUCAAUAGGAGUAAUCAGAGCAUUGUCUGCGUUGCUGUC